AUGGUCGCGGCGAAGCGCAAGGCCAAGAAGCCGGGCCUCCUCUCCCAUGGCCGCAGCCCGCACAUAAACACCCAGAAGACCGCCGCAAACAUCUCCGCGAAAGCGACUGCGACCAUCAUCCGUACCCACCACCAGCUGCAGAAAGCGCACGCCCAAGCCGUCAAAGCAGGCGACCAUGCCAAGGCUGCAGAGAUUCAGAAGAAGAUCGACGAGCAGGGAGGGCUGAAGACAUACCAGGCGGCCAGCAUCACGGGCCAGAGCUCCGAGCGCGGCGGAGACAGCAGCCGUGUUCUUGUCGACUGGUUGCAGGAGCUAGGCCUGCCGUCUGCGUAUCGCGAAACCGAGCGAGGUGAUGUGGAGGGAAGGAAAUGCAAACUCCUCGAGGUGGGUGCACUCUCGACAGAGAACGCCUGUUCCAAGCGCCGCUAUCUCGCCGUUGAGCGCAUCGACCUGCACUCGCAGGCCCCUGGCAUCCUUCAGCAGGAUUUCAUGGAGAGACCACUCGCGGCAUCGGACAAGGAGCGCUUCGACAUCAUAUCUUUGUCACUAGUCCUCAACUACGUCCCGGACGCAGAGGGGCGCGGUGAAAUGCUCAAACGGACACGCACGUUUUUGCGCAGAACCAGGGACCUAGAUCACGAUGGAGCUGCUCUUGCUGCUGAUCUCCCGACACCCUGUUUAUUCCUGGUUCUGCCCGCACCCUGCGUCACAAAUUCCCGUUAUCUCGAUCGACAACGCCUCGAGCAAAUCAUGAACAGCCUCGGCUACGUCAUGCUUCGGGAGAAGAUAACGGCUAAAUUGAUUUACCAACUUUGGAAGCUUGCAGAAAAGAAGUUGGGGAAGGAUCAGAAGUUUCCAAAGGUCGAGGUGAAUCCAGGCGUGAAAAGGAACAACUUUUGUGUCAUAGUGAAAUGA